AUGGAUAUUUCGACAUCAUCUUUUCAACGUCAUCUAUUGGUUGGAAACGAGAAGGGGGAACCCAACGAGGAGGACGGCAGUCAACAUCAUAACCCUACCAAGGUACUGCUUGAUAAAUUCAUAUGGUCCGCAGUCAGUAGGAAAUCCUGGGCAGCCUGCUUCGAUUUCUCGCUUCUUUUACGAUUGAAGGCUUCCCACGGGUCGGUUUCGGCUUCGGACUCAUUGAAGCAGGAAAAAGGCUCUGAGACUGAUGAUGAGUCACCGGGUCGGUUGUCGGCAAUUGAUCGGAAGAAGUUACUUGUCGAUCCAAAAUUAGCAUCAAAAAAAGAAACUGCAAACUAUGGCAUCAAUCAAGCAGGGUCAGAUGAAAUAAGCUUGCACUCCACAAGUUUUGGUUCCUUACCUGGUGGCGUGGACACCAUUGCUCGAACAGUUUUCUCAUUGUCAAGCUCCACAUCCUUUAUACGUUCAGAGACUUGUUAUAAAUCGGAUAUUCCGACAUCAUCUCUUCAACGUCCUCUAUUGGUUGGAAACGAGAAGUGGGAACCCAGCGAGGAGGACGGCAGUCGACAUCAUAACCCUACCAAGAUUGAACAAUAA